UUCCAUCAGCAUGAUGACCCAAUGGGAAAAACAAAUCUUGAAUUUUUUGCUUUGUAAUCAAAUAAAAUCCAAUUGAAAGGGGAAUGAGAGAGAGAGAGAGAGAGUAGUUGUACCAACGUGGUGGAGAGAAUCUAGGGACAAGAUCUUCUCUGAAAGAAAUUACACAAAAACAACAAAACAUCCAUACCACUGUUCCACUACAGUUUUUUUCUCUCAUGCACCCACUAAUAGAAUAAAGCUACUAGUACAAGAUAAUUACAUUCCACCUCUCUUUUCCCACUCUCAUUCAUCAUCUUCUCCUCUCUCUCUCUCUCUCUCUCUUAAUACUUUUACUUCUAUAUACUAUAUAACUUCAAUCAAUUACUUAAGAAGAAGUAUUCAUCAAUAUCAAAUUGAUAUGGAGCUUGGUUUGGAUAGUAGAAAAUUACAAUUACAACCACAAAACUUGAAGCAAGAACACUUUCAUGUGUUGGCUGUAGAUGAUAGUGUCAUUGAUAGGAUGCUUCUAGAGAGGCUCCUUAGAGAUUCUUCAUGCAAAGUUACCUGUGUGGACUCUGGAGAUAAGGCUUUGAAAUAUCUUGGACUGAAUAUUGAUGAAAUUUCCUCAACAAAGUCUUCUAUUUUAGAAUCAUCAUCUCCUUCUCUUCCUCAACCAUUGCAGUUGCAAGAGGGAAACAAAGUGAAUUUGAUCAUGACAGAUUAUUGCAUGCCUGGGAUGAGUGGCUAUGAUUUACUUAAAAGAGUCAAGGGAUCUUCUUGGAAAGAUGUUCCAGUUGUGGUUAUGUCAUCAGAAAAUGUACCUUCCAGAAUUAGCAUGUGCUUGGAAGAAGGGGCAGAAGAGUUUCUAAUGAAGCCUCUUCAGUUAUCAGAUUUGCAGAAACUUCAGCCAUAUUUCCUAAAAUCCCUUGAAAAUUCCUCUGAUGAGCAAGAAUCUGCUAACAGUUCCACUACCACGACAGACUCCGACGACGACAACGAUCUCAUCGACAGCAACAAUAACAGUAAUGAUGAUAACAGUAAUAGUAUCAGCAAAAGGAAGGCCAUGUCUCCUGAGCCUCCAGAGAGAUCAAUGCCCAAAAUGAAAGGGUUGGCGGUGGUGGUGUAAACAUAAAAAAGUACAGAUUAAGAGUGGUUGUUGCAUGCAUAUUAUUUAGUUGAUUACUAUGUUUCUAUUUAAUUUUGCUGUGAGCACGUACUAAUAUUAUAUUUCACUAUUACAAGUUAUAACUACCACUAUCCACUUAAAUUUAUGUACGAAUGUAUGUGUAAUCCUUUGCGUGCAA